CCGCGGUGAAAGCUGGAGAGCUGCUCCGGUCCUGGCAGUACAGCCUGCGAAUGACUGAGCAGCAGCGGCAGCCGCAGUAGUAGCAGUAAUCAUAAUAAUUGCAGACGCCGCCACAGCUGUUCGAGCUGCUUUUUUGGCUCUUGGCUCUUUCCGCUGUCGCCAAGCCUCGAACGGGUUGAGGGAGCGCAUCUCCGAGCCGCUUCUAAAGGACGGCUGCUGCUGCUGCUGCUGCUGCUGCUGCAAAAAUAGUCCCCCGAAAAUAAGGCACGUUCUUGUUGCUCGGGGCGGGGGCGGGGGGGCUCGGAGAGGAUGAAGCAAUGCCGAGAGUGGGCGCUGCUCUUUUUGGGGGUUGGCAGCCUUCUCGCCACCAAAGUAAACAAGCACAAGCCAUGGAUUGAAACAUCUUAUCAUGGAGUUAUUACUGAAAACAAUGACACAGUCAUACUGGAUCCCCCAUUAGUUGCGUUGGAUAAAGAUGCUCCUGUUCCAUAUGCAGGUGAAAUCUGUGCUUUUAAAAUCCAUGGACAAGAAAUGCCCUUUGAAGCUGUAGUCCUAAACAAGACAUCUGGAGAAGGUCAGCUUCGAGCAAGAAGUCCAAUUGACUGUGAAUUGCAGAAGGAGUACACAUUUAUCAUUCAGGCAUAUGACUGUGGCACAGAGCCUAGUGGAACAAACUGGAAAAAAUCUCACAAAGCCGUGGUCCAUAUCCAAGUAAAAGAUGCUAAUGAAUUUGCACCUGCUUUUAAAGAAGCAUCUUAUAAAGCUACAGUGACAGAAGGAAAGAUCUACGAUAGUGUAUUACAGGUAGAAGCCAUGGAUGAAGAUUGUUCUCCUCAAUACAGCCAGAUAUGCAAUUAUGAAAUUGUCACAACUGAUGUUCCAUUUGCCAUUGACAGGAAUGGGAAUAUCAGAAAUACUGAAAAGCUCAGUUAUGACAAAGACCAUCAGUAUGAAAUAAUGGUAACAGCUUUUGACUGUGGGCAGAAACGUGCAACUGAAGAUGUCCUGGUACGUGUUGAAGUUAAGCCUGUGUGUAAACCUGGAUGGCAAGACUGGAAAAGGCAUAUUGAAUACAAACCUGGUUCUGGAAGCAUACCUUUAUUUCCCAUUAUUCACCUGGAGACUUGUGAUGGACCAGUUUCUUCUAUCCACGCCACUGUUGAGCUUCAGACCAACUAUAUUGGAAAAGGCUGUGAUCGCGAAACAUAUUCGGAGAAAUCUCUGCAGAAAUUAUGUGGAGCAUCUUCAGGUGCCAUUGACCUAUUACCAACACACAGUGCUGCAAAUAACUGGACAGCUGGUCUUCUGAUGGAUAGCAAUGAUAUGAUUUUUAAAUUUGAUGGAAAGCAAGGUGCCAAAAUUCCUGAUGGAAUAGUACCAAAGAAUCUAACUGAUCACUUUACCAUCACCAUGUGGAUGAAACAUGGCCCAAGUCCAGGAUUAAGAGCAGAAAAAGAAACUAUUUUGUGUAAUUCUGAUAAAACAGAAAUGAAUCGACACCAUUAUGCACUUUAUGUGCAUAAUUGUCGACUAGUAUUUUUGUUACGGAAAGAUUUUGACCAAGCUGAUACCUUCCGUCCUGCAGAAUUUCACUGGAAGCUUGACCAGAUUUGUGAUAAAGAAUGGCACUACUAUGUUGUCAACGUUGAGUUCCCAGUAGCUACCUUGUAUAUGGAUGGUACAACAUAUGAACCUUACCUUGUAACUAAUGACUGGCCUAUUCAUCCAUCACAUAUAGCAAUGCAACUCACUGUUGGUGCCUGUUGGCAAGGAGGAGAAGUCACAAAGCCCAGAUUUACUCAGUAUUUCCAUGGCAGUCUUGCCAGUCUUACCAUACGGCCAGGCAAAAUUAAGAGUCAAAAAGUGAUUUCCUGCUUGCAGGCUUGCAAGGAAGGUCUGGAUAUUAAUUCCCUGGAGAGUCUUGGCCAAGGAAUAAAGUAUCACUUCAAUCCUUCCCAGUCAGUCCUUGUUAUAGAAGGAGAUGACAUUGAGAAUAUAAAUCAAGCUCUCCAAAAAGUCUCCUAUAUCAAUUCAAGACAGUUUCCAACUUCAGGUAUUCGCCGCCUUAAAGUGUCAUCCAAAGUCCAAUGUUUUGGUGAAGAUACCUGCAUUAGUAUUCCAGAUAUAGAUGCCUAUGUAAUGGUGUUACAAGCCAAGGAGCCCAAGAUUACAAUGACUGGAAUGGAUCACUUUGCAAGACCUGCCACACAAUUUGAACAUGAAAGAGGAGUGAUUCUUUUACCGGAUGUCAGAAUUGUCAGCACGGUUUCUAAAAUGGAACAUCCUUCUGACCUGAAGGAAACUGUGACUACAGAUCAUAAACCAGUUCUGUUAGAAAAAAUGGAUCACAAUCUGGAUUUUUGUGAUAUUUUGGUAAUUGGAUCAGAAUUGGAUCCCAAGCGAGAGUGUUUGGAAUUGGACAAGAAAGACCUUCAAGGGAAACAUAUCGAAGCCACUAACUCUACAGCUGGAUAUUCAAUAUAUGGUGUGGACACUAUGAAAAACUAUGAAAAAGUUUUACGACAAAUUCGUUAUCGUAAUUGGCACACAUCUUCCUUUUCUGAUAGAAAGUUUAGAAUCAAAUGUUCAGAACUGAAUGGGCGCUAUACCAGCAAUGAAUUCAAUUUAGAAGUUAAUAUUCUACAUAAUUCCAACUCUAAUUCCAUGGAAUAUGCAAAUCUUAUGAUAAAAGAGCCACAAUUUUUCCAAUCUAUCCAUCACCCAGAAGAAAGCACAAACAAUAUUCAAAGCUCAGUACUUCCAAGUAUGGCUACCGUCAUCAUCAUCAUCUGUGUCAGUGUCUUAGUCUUCAUCAUAGCUAUGGGGGUAUACAGAAUUCAUUCAGCUUGCCACUAUACUUCAAAGGAACAUGAAACUAAUAAAGAAAAUGAAAUGGAUUGGGAUGACUCAGCUCUGACUAUCACAAUCAAUCCCAUGGAAAAAUAUGAACAACCUUGUGGAGAAGAAGAAAGUGAUGAGGAAGAAAUUGAAGAUGAAGAUGAUACAACCAGUGCAGAGUCAGAUGAGACUGAAGAGGAAGAAGAAGAGGAAGAAGCCAUAGGGAAUAAAGGAGACAAACAAAAUACAACCAGGCAAGAUCAGUUGGAAUGGGAUGAUUCAACAUUACCCUACUAGAAUCUUUAGUUUUCUUUCUCUUUUUGUAUAAACCAAUACUGUGUAUUUUGAGUCAAUCCUACUGAUUCAACCAUAUCUUGGAUCUAUGAAUUAAUUGACAGUUUAACUUCCUAUUGACUACAGAUGAUAAAACUGCAUUGUCUGAAUUUGAUAUAGUUGUAUCACAACUACUCCCAAUAGUUGUUCCUUUCCUAAUAUGUGAGUAAUAGCACCUGGUAAAGCACAGCAUACAACUAUUAAAGAGUCACUUGUAAAAAGGACAGCAACCUGACAUCAUACGUUUGUUAGUGCUGCUCUAGUUUCAUGAAAAACCCUGUUUCUUUUAAAGGGUGUAUAAGCAAACCCAAUUCAUCAGACUAUAAAGAGGAUAGUCCAGGUUGCUUUUAAAAUUUUCCAAAGUUCACACACAUAUAUAAACUCUUUUUGGGAUUCCUUUUAACUCUGCCUUGUUAAAGAUCCUACUGUCAAAGAUAGUAGAUGUACAUGCUACUCAAUGCACAGGGCAUAUUUGCACAUAUCUUCAUUUUCACUUUUUUCUUGUGGCUAUUUGACCUUUGCAGAGAGUUUCAAAACACACUAAACUGUAUAUGUCUGUGCAUGUAUAAGAAUGCACUGCUAAUGUCCAAAGUUUGCUAAAAAGAAUUCUUGUCUAGUCCCUCAAUUGAAAUUUAGUUAAAAGGCAUGUAAACCCUAUAAAUGAAACCUUUGUCUGUGAUGGUUUUUCAACGCCACACAGAUUAAGAAAUAUUUUCCCUUGUGUGAAAGAUAAAACUAGAGUGUUACUGUAGCUAAUACCUAGACUUUUGAUCUUUAAAUAAAGUAUCUUCUGAGAAAAUGUAAUUAUAAAUAAUCAUCCAGUUACAGAAUUUUAUGGCAGCUCUGUACUGUCACAGAGUUUGCUCAGAAUUCAGACAUGUGCUACUGUAUAUGUAGGAAUUUAAAUAACAUUUAUAAUCUCAGGAAAAGAACCCACUCUUUUGCAUGUUAAAACACUCAAAGCUCUGAUGCAUUGUUACAGAUGGAAUAGGUGUUUGAUAUAGUCCGUUGAUCAUUAAAAUAAAUUCUAGCAAUCAAACAAGUAAUGUCAUAGUAAAAAAAAAUCAUCUACAUUUUAAAUUCCUCCCCCCCUCUUGUCGUAGAUCCUUCUCUUCACCAAAGAUAUUUUAUUUGCAAAAUUACAAAGAAUUAAACACAGAACUAAAUACAGAACUUAAAAGUAAAAAAAAAAUAAAUCUGAUAGCAUUUGAAAACAUUUGAUAAAGAAUAAUAUUGGGUAGUUUGCAUUUUUCCAGCUAACCACUAUAUUUUGAAGGUUUAUAAGUUUGUGUGCUUUCUUAUAUAUUUUUCUCAAUAUUUGUGGCUCUACAUUUGAAUGCCAAAUAGUGCAGUAUUUGAUGCUGUGCAUGUUUUAAAUAUAUACAAACAUAGGCAUUUGAUGAAGAAGCAAAAUGUUUUGUAUUCAUAUUUUCUUAAAGAUUUUGGGGCUCUUGUUCCUUUUUAGCCCACCCAUUGUUGAUAAAAUCUCCUGUCCAAUUGUUUUAGCUCAACAGCAAAUAUAUUUGCAUAUAGAAUGCAUGUGAAGAUGUCCCUCUUGUGAUUACAUAACUCAUUGCCAGGCAAAAAAGUAACAAGAGCUUAUUUUUAUGUUUGCUUUUUAUUUUUAUCAUUGCUUUGAAUGAGUGUCAUUUCAUCCUUUAAUGUCAAGAAUGCCUCUAUGUGUGACAACUUCAGAAACAGAGACUAGUGCUGUCUGUGGCUUUGAAAGAGCCUCAAAUAUUACUUUUUUUCUAGGAAUAAUUUUAGUAAAGGGUAUAUAGGAAAUUGUCUGUACAAGUUCAGACUAUUGUCGUUAUACUAACUAACAGCAACUGCCUACAUUCUCCUAUUGGAUCUUUUAAUUAGAAAUUACAGAGACUCUGUGUGCAAGGUAGCUGCUUUACCACUAGACCAUUACAUGCCCUGCUAUUGUGCAAAGCUUUACAUCAUUUUGAAUCUUGAAGGACUAAAGUAAAUCUCUUUGAGCAAUUGCCUAUAUCUAAUGAAGGUAGUACUCAAGCUUUGAAUACGAUGAAAUGAUAUUAUAUUUUUCUCUGAAAGCAUAUAGAUCUUUCAUAACUGUGCAUGAUAUGAGAAAUACAUUAAAGCAUAUGAUGAUGACAGUGACGAUGAGACAAUGAUGAUGAUGAUGAUGAUGAAAUAUAUAUAUAGUUCCUACUGAAUCCUAAUAGCCUAUUAGCAUAUCCUAAAUUAAAAAUUAAAUAAUUCAAAUUUUAGAAUGCACGAAUAUUUCCUCUUCAAAGUAAAAUACAUGAUAAAGCUAUAUACUUGCUUAUUUAUUUUAACAACCUACAGAACCAGAUGAUAUUACCUGGUUUUAACUGGAUUAAACUUUUCUACAAUGUUUUUGUUUUACUUGAAAAAUACAGCUGUUCUACAACUUCCAAAUUAGCUUCUAUCUGUUUGACUUCUGAGGCAAAUAUUAUUCAAACUGACUCUUAAUUUUAUAUGUUCACACUGGUCUUUUAAACUAUGUGAACUAUGUGUAUCUGAGUGCAGUUUUACUCUGCAAAAUAAUAUAAUAAGUGAAUCAAAACCCAAAGGCCUAAAGUAAUCUAAAAUUAUGUCUCACUUUAGAUAUGAAAACUGACUGGGUAACUUUAGGCCAGUCAUACUCUCUCAGCUCAGUCCACAUCACAGGGUAGGGGUGCUAUCACCUUAGGUAAAUGAAUUUUCCUUAUCUUUCAUGGCCACAUUUCUAACAUACAAGUAAUUAUUUCUACAUUUUUAUUUAUUUUGUAUGAUUAGGAAAACACAAGUGCCCUAUCUCAGUCUGUUUAGUUGUGUGAGCUAAAGGAUUUCUUUUAAUUUUAGGAGAUGUAGUACUGAACUGUCAAUUUUAAAUUUCUUAAAAACUGCCAACAUUUUAUACUGUGUUGAGCAUUACCCAGUAAAACAGGUUGAGUGAAAAAAAGUAAGACAAAUGUUCCACCCUCACCAUCAAAUGGGGAGAAAUAGUGAAAACUGAAGGAAUCAAGGUGCCCAGUGGAAAUAUCAAAAGGCUGUAUAAGGACAAUUACUACAAAUACUUGAGCAUCCUUCAAGCUGACAACAUCAAGCACAAUGAAAUCAAAAAUAAGUUAGAAUCAAAUACGUCAAGAGAGUGAAGAAGAUCUUUAAGUCCAAACUCAGUGGAGGAAAUACCAUCAAGGCAAUUAAUACCUGUGCAAUUCCAGUCAUUAGACUGUACAGCUGAAAUAGUUUACUGGACUCAAUCAGAACUAAAAGACGUGGAUAUGAAGACCAGAAAAAUAAUGACAAUGAAUCAUGCCCUUCAUCCUUGCAGCAAUGUUGACAGACAUCAAUAAGAAUUGGGAAUUGCAUGGAAUGUUUCAAGCAUAUCACGUGGUUGAAGAAGAAAAAAGGGCAUUGGAAAAAUAUCUGAAGGACAGUGAAAAAGUUGCACUGAAGUUUCUAUACUAGGAAAGCUUACUGAGUAUUGGAAAGACCAAAUUGGCUUACAAAAAAGACUAAAUGAAACACAAAAAAGAGACAUGGGAAGACAAAGUAUUACAUGAUCACAUUAAAAAUAUCAGGCAAAGCAUAUAUUACCAAGACCUGGCAGUGGCUAAAAGUUGAAGAAACAGACAGAGGGGUUAAUUUUGGCUGCACAAGACCAAGCUUUAAGAAUAAAUGCAUACAAAGUCAGAAUAAAGAAGAUGGCAACAGACAGCAAGUGCCACUUUUGCCAAAAAUUGAAGAAACAAUAAACUACUUGGCUAUCUGCUGUAAGAAGAUUAAGCAGACUAACUACAAACAAGCAUGACAAUCCAAAGCAUUAGAAGAUCUUCAAGAAAUACCAAUUGCCUGCAAGCAAGAACUGAUGGGAUCACAAAAUAGGAAAAGUUAUAGAAAAUGAAGAAGCUAAAGUGCUCUUGGACUUUAGAGUAUACUGUAAAUAGAUAGCAUCUGUCACAUAACACCCAAGACAUAACAAUUGUCUAUAGGGAAGGGGGGGAAAAGUCUGCUUAGUGGAUCUGACAAUACUUGGAGAUAGCAGAAUAGAAGAGAAAGAGCUGGAGGAAAUAACAAAAUACAAAGACUUCCAAAUAGAAAGGAAAAGUAGUACCAAUAGUAAUAGGCACAUUGGGUGCAAUUCCAAAACAAUUGCAGCACCUUGGAACACUAUCAGCACUGCCAAAAUAACCAUCAUCAAUUGCAAAGACAGCUUUAAUUGGAAUAGCUUACAUACUAGGAUAAUACAUUUAACAGCAUGGAACAUCAACAUCUGCCUAUCUUAGGUCCUUAGGAAGAAUGCAACAGGUUGGUAAAAACAUGAAAUCCAAUCUACAUAUCUAGCUGACUGUGUCACCAAUCAUGAUAAUCAUAAAAAAUUAAAAUUGAAAGAUUAUGACAUGAAGUGACUGUGGUGGUACCAUUGGUUAUCAGCACACUAGAUGCUAUUGGACAGCAGAAAUGUUAGACAAAAUUUCCACCUAUCGAUUGCAAAAGGCCACACUACCUAGCUACACAUAUAUUAUGCCAAUGCAUUACAACAUCCUAGGCUCUUGUGAAGAACUUGAUGUAUAUGAAAACUAAAACCAGCUAAAGAAUUUGCAGCUGUGACUUCAUACUGUUGUGAACAGAUAAUGAGAAUAAUGACUCUAUAGGUUGACAAAAAUGCCAGAUCCAGUCUAAACAUCAGGAUGACUGAACAAAUGACCAUAAUAUGUCAAUUAUUAUUACAACUGUCACUGUUGAAAGAUCUGAAAGAGAAGGUUAGAAGUAAGUCAUCAUGGAGGAAAAUGAUUUGAUGACAUGUAAUCAAUCAAUCACAGUCAGAUAUAUAAUCUUUUAAAUGUAUUUAUUAUAUUUAUAUUCAGCUCAAUUUUCCAGGACAUAUAUGUCACUAUUUCCUACAGUUUCUUCCUACAAUAAUCUUGUAUGAUGUGUUGUUUCUUUACCAAGUCUUUCCAUUGAAAUUCUAUGGCUAAGGAUAGAUGUGGACCUACUUCACUCAUCUUUACUCAUCGUCCAAUACCUUAAAUCUGUUCAAACGCUAAAGCGAUAAUGUUUUCUGCACCUAAAAUGCUGUUUUCUGGAGCUGCUAACUUGUUUUACUAGGCCAAUAGCCAGAUGCAGUUGUGCUAUCCUACCAGCUAACAAUUUAAUGUUGAUUUGAGUUCUUCAAACUCUCUGUACAUAUUUAGCAAUAAAACCAGAAGGCAUGCCAUUGAAGACAUACCUCAAUUAGUGUAACAGCAUAUUUAUGGCUACAUUUCGAAGAUUGUUAGAAUUUGGCUGACAAAUACAAGCAAUUAAGUCGUUAAGUCAUCAAGACGAGACAGGAAAACAAUCCAGAGUUUGCCAGAUCAGGUACAAAUACUGGAAAAUCUAGGAAUAACACCACCAGCAGCAAAAAAAAAGAAACAAAAAACAAAACCAAGACUUUACAAAUAGAAGAAACAAGGUUUGUAAUUAUGAAGAAAUCUUGGCAACUGCAGCACAUUUAUUCAUUGGAUAGAAAUCUAGAAAGUCUGUAUAGAUCAGUCUUUUCCAACUUCGGAUAUUCCAACCGUGUUAGGACUGCAACUCUCAAAAUAUUGGGCUGGCAUGAGACUACAAAGGGUGUCAGAUUUCAGAAGGAUAUUUCUGACAACAGAAAUAUUAAAAAGGUUGUGUGUGUAAUGGUACAUAGGAAUGUGGGAGACUGGGCAAAAAGAUGCUGCUAAGGAAAAGGUGAGAUAUGAGACAGCUUAGCCUUAGCUCAUAGCUAGAAAGUGGGCAGGGAAUAGGCUCAGAAAAGAGUCUCAGUCCAAAUAACUAGGCAGUAACCUUCUCUAGUUAUUUGGACUGUUAUAAGAGAUGGCCGGGGAGGGAAGAAUUGUUCUUUUGAACUUGAAGAUUCCAUCAAUGUAGCUUUACAAUUAAGUAGAAUUAGCUAAUAUUCCUAUCUGGUUUACUCCACAAAGCCUACAGGCUGCUUUAACUCCAGAAUUCGUGGUAUUCAUAAAUAUAGUCUGCCACUACAUUAAUUAAUGAAGCUGAUAGUGUCAUCCUGUUAAUUUCAGCUAAGUGUGAAGAGACUAGGGUUCAAGGUCUUAAUAUGCAUUAACUCAUUUCUCUAAAGAGAAUUGGAAUUUUGUGAUAUAUUUAGGUUUGAAAUUGUGAUUAGUAAUGUAAUUAAAAAUAACUAUCAUUCUUCUCUGCGUGGAUCAUAGGUCCUAUAUUAUAAGAUGUUUGUUAAAUUCCUGGAGAGUAAUACCGAGAAUGGAAGUCAAAAUUACAAAAGUCCUAUUAUUAUUUAUCAGAUCGAGAUAUAUGAAUCAAUUGUUUCAUGAACAAGUAUCAUUUAUUUCAGUUCAUAAGUAAUUAAAUACCAAAUUAAUGUGAAAUGUGAUAAGUGAUUGUAACAAUUAAGCCUAUGUUUUUACCUUUAGGAAGGAAAGAUAAAAUUACUCUGAUAGAUACACAAAAAAUUACUGUCAUUCACUGCAAUGAUAUGCUUUUAUUUCACAUGAUUACAGUUUGUGAGAACAGUGAGAUCUUUUUGAAAACUAUAAUGUUACUUUUUUAUCCAACAAAAAAAAUAAAGCUCAAUCAACUAGAAAAUGACCAUAAUUGCAUUAUCAUAUAUUCGAUUUAUAAGCUGAGUUGUAAACAAGUUGUUAUCAUUUUUCAAUCAUUUUUUUUUCACUACAAGCAAUCACAUCACAAGAACUUAUCAAUACGUUCACAUUCUAUAGAAAUCACAAAGUGGUAAAACUGGUAGCCUUCAAAUAAACCAGCUUAAAACAUUAUUUGGCAUCCAAGGUGGUUUUCCCCCCUUAAGCUUGUUUUCUGAUUUAGGUAAACUGUUUAAACUCAGGCUUUUUGGUUUCAUCAUUUCAGAAAAGCAGUGCGGCUGCAAAUAUUAGCAUAUGUGAUACAUAUAUACACACAUAAAAGAUAGUUGUUUCUUCAUUAAAAAUAACCAUAUAAUGUUUAUGGGACAAUUCUUUUUUUAUAUAGCCAGUUUUUAAUCAUCUUGCCUGAGGCAAAGGAUCCAAGUGCAGUAAAUCUUUAAGUUUGGCAUGUGAUUAAUAUCCCAACUUUUGUGAUUAAUGUUUUCUCUGUCUUUGUGUCUUGUUUUUUCUUCCUUCCAGUAUUAUAUAUAAUGUUUUUCUGAUUCCUUGCUCAAAUUCUUCUUAUACACAACAGAUGUUGCGGACAGGAAUAAAGGUAUCACAGCCAUUUGAAAAAUAUCAUAUGAAAUGUAAUUAGAUUUUUUCUUCUCUCAAUAACUUGAUAGAAAAAAGCCUGAAUGUUUUGUGAAUUUCAGACAUCUAGCAGUCAAGACUUUGCAGUAUGAUAGAAUUGAAUGAUGGUAGUACUUUAAACUUUAUAAAGAAAUACUUGCUCCCCAAAUUAGACCAUCCCUCUCUACAAGUACAUGAUACAACAAUUAUGUUUCUUAACUCAAUAGUCUUUCAUUACAUUGUGCUUGCUUUGCCUAUUGCAAAUUUGUUUAGGAUAUUAAUGGAAAAUAAUUGAUAUAGUAGCAUAAUCCUAUGCAUGCACUAUUGUAUGUUUAUGUCUGAUCUUACAAUAGAAGUAUUAAAGGCAGCAAUAUAGAAGUCAGCUUUCUUUAAUUUCAUACAGAAUUGGGUGAGAUAAGCUUACAUCUACUGAUUUUGGAUGCACAACUUGAUCUGUAUGUACAGAUGAGUUAAAGUAGCGUAGUAGCACCUUGCUAUAAACAGUUAAAAGAUACUUCUCUUUCAAAUGAUUUUUCUUUUUAAAAAAAGCAAAUUCGAAAUGUAAAAGUUACAAAACCAUUCACACUCUGUUACAGGCAGAUUUUUAUCUAUUAGUGAAGGCAUCCUGAAUAGGCAAUUUCUUCCCAGUCAUUCCUACUUUCACAAACACAAGUGACACAUUCCACAAUGUCCCUAAGAGGGACAUCAGGGAAAUUCCUGUGCUGAAUUAAGUGCAUUUUGCAGAUGAAACCAGUGUUCACAUUGAUGAGAAACAAAGCUUGAAUCUGUACAGGUAAGUACCGGUAUAUAUUAUUUAUACACAUAAAGAAUGUACAAAAUUAAUAAGUGAUCUAGACUGUUGUAGAAUAAUAAUGUGUAAGUAUUGGGUAAUUUUUCACAAGUCACUUCAUAUGCUAUUUACUGUAUUUUUCGCUCUAUAAGACGCCCUCCCCCCCCCCCCAAAAUGGAUGGAAAUGUCUGUGUGUCUUAUGGAGCGAAUAUUGCAGCCAGGCCGCAGCGGCGGGGUCCUUUUACAGUCUGAACCCUGCCGGAGUGCAGGAGUCAAUAGGCAGAGCUGACACAUGAGAGGACAUCUAUCUGUGGUCCUCUCAGGCUCUUCUUCCUGCCCUCACUAUACUUUUGCUCCAUAUUUGGCACUCCAUAUAAACAAUGAGACGGCACUCCAGAUUCAUUUUUUUUUCCUCCUCGAAACCUAAGUGCGUCUUAUGGAGCAAAAAAUAUGGUAUAUGCUUUUAAUAUGCUUUUAAUAGUAUUUUCUUUAGUAGUAUACUACAUUCAUUUCCCAUUGUGUAGUAUACAUAGUGGCUUAUAAUAAUCAAAUGGAAAACACUAACAUGAAUUUAAAUUGUAAUAUUAGAUACAACCAUUAUAGCAAUGUAAACAUAAGUUAAAACAGCAACACUCUGCUACCUCAAAUAUUAAAUGCAAAUUGGAGUUUUAACAUCAUUUAAUAGAUACCAAUGAUGGUAACUUAUAAAUACAUGUUACAAAAAUAGACUGGCACUAAUGAUACAUGCUUUAUAAACAAGAGCCUAUAAAUCAUGAAGGCAUACAGGAAAGAAAUUAUAUCUUUAUAAUAGCAUAGUAGUAUUUUGGAUUGUUUCCAAAAACAGACUAAUAAUUAGACCUUAUUGGAAAAACAGAAAGCAACAAACCAAAAUUUAUUUUCCUGUCAUAUUCCUAAUUUCUCUAAAUGUUCAGAGGCAGUUCUGCAUAUAAUGCAUUACACUCAUCUGUAAGAAAUAUUGGUAAUUUGGCAGACAUUUUGAUAUGUUUUGUAGAAUGAAAUAAAUCUGAAGAUUAAUUAGUACUGAAAAGUUAAAAUGUGUGUGUUGAAAAUUUAGUGUGUGAGACAGGAAGUAGAAAAUUAGAAAGAUUAAAUCUAAUCAGAAACAGCAGGUUAAUUUGAUAAAACACAUGGUACACAAAUCAUACAUAUCACUGUACUGAAUUUCUAAUAUUAAGCUCUUUUCCACUGUAUAAACAGUGCAUAUUUCCCAGCAUGUGAAUUUUUCAUGGAAAAAGGGUCAUUGUACUAUUGAUAAGCACUAUCGCUUUAAUUUCCAAAAGGUGCAUCAGAACACAUGAACUUAAGACCUCUUUGUAAUGCCUUAAAGAUGCAUGUUUUCCUGUCAUGAAGAUUAGCCAGAGUAUACUGUAGCAACUUUAAAAUAUUGCAGAUACUUACAUUCCUGUGUGCUCCAAAGCACCUUUUAGAGAUCAAGACAAUUUCCAUGACAUGUACAAGUACUUUUGAAUAUUUACUUAAGUUUCAUCUAUUGAUGAGAUGAACUGAACACAGCUAUAAAAAUUGGUGUGAAUUAAGGAUGAUCCAUAGCAUCAAAACUAAGGAAUAAUUCAAAAGAAGUAAAUUGUAAGAUUACUGGAAAAGAAAUGUUAUAUCUGUAAAUCUCAUUAAUUCUUAAUAUUCUUGUUGUUUCAAUGAAUGAGUACUGUUUUUAUGUACCAGUACUUAUACUUGUAAGUGAAAAAUGUUAUAUAAAUUGCAUAAUGUCCUAACUUACACCUAGAAUAUGACCCAAUGUGGAUUGUGAGAAACUAAUCCUUUUCCUCUAUGGAUAGAUACAGAUGUGCAUUUCUUCCUGGUAUUAAACCAUAUGCCAUUUUACAUUGGUAAAAGUAUAUAUCACAACUAUUCUGAAAAGUAAAGGCCCUAUAAUUUCUGUUUUACAGUUAAUUUCAAUACUAAAUGAAAAUUUAGAUUUGACACCGGCAGUGAAUAUUCUGAUAAUAAUCAGAAAAAACAUAAAAGAUAUUUUAUGUUGAUGCAGAGAGGUAUACAUAUCCCAGUUAAAGAUGUUAUAGAUCUACAGUAGACUAAUGUUUAAUAAAUAUUAAGAAAUAAUUAUUGAAUGUUUUAUUUUAUAGGAGCAAAAGGAAAGAUAUGUUACUGUCAAGAUUGUCAUACAUUUUAAAAAGCAGCAUGAUAGCUGUAUAGAUCAUUUUCAAAUGUUUUAGUAUCUGGAUGUAUAGCAUCUGGAUAUCUGGUGUCAGAUCCUUGACUAGGACUUGAAUGAUUAAUUAUUAAGUUUUUACCAGUCUUAAUAGGUAUUUAAUUGUAGAUUGCCCUCACAUAAUAAUAUAUCAAAUUUAUAUGCUCCCAGUGACUCUCGGCAGUUAAUACACUUUCUACCCCAUUUCUAUUGAAAAGUAAUUGCUUAAUGAGUAGUAAAGCUUAGAUUUAUCCCACAAAUAAUGAUAUAUAAAUGCUGAUAAUAUUCUAAACAAUACUGCCAAAAUUAUCAAUAUUUCAGCAUUGAAAAUAUGGAUUAUAAUUGUAGGACAUAUUUCUGCCUACAAUUAUAAUUCCUCAGAAUUAAGGAAUCUCUUACUAAUGCAGACAUGGUAUGUGGUAUGUUAAAUAGUAACAAUUUUUAUUCUAUUUUAAAUAUUCAUGCUUUUUCCUAUCUUGAUCAUUCCAUAUGUACUUAUUACAUCUUCUAAACUUAAAAGAUAGAGUUAUUACUUCAAACUCAGCAUUGUAUGUUCUUAACAACAUGGUAUCCUAAUUAAUUUAUCAAAAUAUUAUGAAUUUACGUCUUCAGUAUAAUCAUUUGGUAUCAUAUGUGGGUACAUUUCUGGGAUUUACAGUUGUCCUAGUCAUUUAUAAUUAUCUUUGUGAGGCAGUGAUGGGAUUCAACCAGUUCGCAGCUAUUCGGGAGAACUGGUUGUUAACCUUCUAAGCAGUUCUGAGAACCGGUAGUUGGAAGAAAUCUUAUUUUGUUUUUUUCCACUUUACAGGGCUAAUCCUGUAAGGAAGGCAGGAAGGAAACAUUCUGGUUUUGUUUCUAGCCUAAUCUUUAUUGCCCUGCUUACAGAAACUGCCUGUCUGGUUAAUCCUUAUUACAUUGUAACAGCUAAGGCGAAGCGCCCAUCGAUUUGAGUGAUGUUGAAUUGGCCCCGCCCACGUGGUCAAAUGACCACUGAGCCAUGCCUACCCGGCUGGUCAUUAGAACAGAAAACCGGUUGUUAAAUUAUUUGAAUCCCACCACUGUUGUGAGGCUUGUUUUGAGAAACAUCAGAAAUGAAAGUAAUGAAAGCAGCAUUCAGGGAGGCAAAUCUCUAAUGUGUGUUAAACAAGCAUACAAACUGGUAUAAGAAUUCCUGCAACUGUGAUAUAUCAAUGCAAGCCCCAGAGAUAAGACUCCACUUGUUAUACCUUUGUACCUUUUCACCCUACAAGUAUAGAGAAUAAUUUCUUUUUAUGUUUUGUUAUGGUUAUGAACUAGAUUGGUUUCAGUCUGCUUGCUUCUUUCCUUUUCAAAACUAACUUUCACACCAUGCAAUCUUACAAAAGAAAUAUCUUAGAAUCUAAAAAGAAAAGCUCUUACAAAGUAUAUGAAAUUUCUACUGCCACAACUUACUGAAAUUUAUUUCCUCCAAGCAUGGUUUUGCAGUCUAUCCCUUGUACAUGUGAUCAGUGCUGUUGGUUAGUAGUCAUGUAAUAAAUUGUCUAAAAAGCAAUUACAGAUAAAUUUUACUGACAUCUUCCUUUUUUAUCAUCAUCACCAUCAUCACCACUGCCAUGUUGUUGUUGUUUGUUGUGUUGUUAAAAAAAAUACAAAGGUUGCUGGAAAAUAAAAAGGGAAAUGAGAAAUGGUGAGGGAAAAAGAGAGAGAGAAAGGCAAAUACCAACUCAUGAGCUUCAUCCAAAAGUUUAUAACUCACUGUUUUAGGCAGAUAGUAGAAUGUAUGAUCUGGAUAAUGGGAUGACUUGGUUUUAAGGAGAUACUAUCUCAACAGUUUUGUUUCCAUAGAAAAGAUGGAGGGUUCUAAGUAAUAUGAUUUAGGAUAGAAGGGGCAGCAGGAGACAGAAAUGAAAAAUACCACCAUUUAUGUGAAUGCUCUAAAAAAAUAAGAGUUUCUAGUCAAGUGAGAGGAAAUGAUUUUAGAGCUCAAUCUGGAAGGCUUUGAAUGCAAGUAAAGUUAAGGAGAUUUAGUCAAGGUAUGGGGAUAUGGAUGGAAAAUUGCCUAAAAACAAAUCUCCUCUGCAGACACACAUACAUGGAUGUUUUUUAACCUUCAUGGGAGAUUAAAUAUUAAGCAAAAUAAGCAUCAUUUUCCUAACAGUAAAAUAUUGAAAUACUGCAGACAUGCUGGCUAGUGAAUUGUUUUAUAAGAGCCAUCAGAAGUUACUGGGCCACACUUUAAUCAUGCAGCAUAUCUGCAUUACUGAACCAUUCAAAGAUAGUCUUUCUUUGUAUGAAAGUCUCUUUCUGCUUUCAGAAGAGAACUCUGAAUUCAAUUCUGAGUUCAGCAAUGAAAAGUUAUCAUGACCCUGCGCUUUUAAAAAGAUCAUUUUCUUAGGCAGUGACUUUUGGGAACAGUUAUUCUUCACUGUAUUUUAUAUUAACCAGACAGUAAAAAUGCUAUUUUCCUACACUGGAAAAUGCAUGUAGUUAUUUUUUCCUUUCAAUGUUUGAUAGAUUUGUUUCCUCAGAGGCUUAUUACUUUAUUCUGCUUAGCAAUAAUUCUACCUUGGCAUUUUUUUUAAUCCAAAAGUUGCAAUGUCACUGGCAGUUUUAUCACUGAAUAAUCUGAUCACUGUUUGAGAGCAAAUAAAAUAAAAAUGGGAUACCAAGAUAUCUUAUCAUUUGCUUCUAUAUUUGAUCAUUAUAUUUUAAUACAUUAUUGUACAUGAGAGAAAAUCAAACAAUAUUUGGAAACACCUUGUUGCUAAGUUAAAUUAUGUAAGAGUGGAUAAUAUAUGCAGGAUAAGGAAUUCAAUGAGUAUAUGCAAUUCAGAAGGAAUAUAAAUUCUUUUUACAAUAUGACUGUAUUACAGAUCUGCUUAUUGUUAUUUUUUAAGAACUUUAAGAAAACAUGGUUAAAAUAAUCACAUAAAUAACUAAAUUGUUAUAUAGAGAGAAAAAGUUGGUUUAUUUUCUUCUCCUUUUCUUCUUCAUAUCCUCAACUAUGUGAUGUAAACCUUGUCACUUUGAAUGAUAACCUCUGAAUUUCAGAUUGUAAAAGGUUCUAAGUUUUACACCGUUAUUUGCAAAAUUUAUUUUUUAAAUCCUUGGCCUGCACAUGUACUAAAAAUAUUCCCUUUUUUUGUGAUCACUCUGGCACUUUCUGUGAAUUGGCCAAUAAAUAUGGUUUUAGAAUUUCACAUAAAAA